UCCCCACUCCCUCACCCUGGGGUGCUGGGCCGCAGGUGCGGGCGGCCGGAUCCUCCGGGUUCCUGCCGGAAAGUACAGGUUUGUGUUUUUCAGCCGCGGGAACGCGCUUGGGCCCGGUUUUCGGAGGGGGGCGGGGAGGGGCCUGCGGCUUGCGGCCCCGCCCCCUUCUCCGGCUCGCCCCCGGGCGAGUCGGUCAGCCUCCCGCUCCGGCCGGCUCCGGGGCCGCGUCCCCCGGGCCACUCAGCGACUAAGGCCCGAGCUUCUGCUCGCAGGUGUCGGCGUGCGGCCCCUGGGCACAGCCUGCUUCGGCCCCAUGGUAGGUUUCGGGGCCAAUCGGCGGGCCGGCCGCCUGCCUUCCUUCGUCUUGGUGGUGCUGCUGGUGGUGAUUGUCGCCCUAGCCUUCAACUACUGGAGCAUCUCCUCCCGCCACGUCCUGCUUCAGGAAGAAGUGGCCGAGCUGCAGAGUCAGGUCCAGCGGACCGAGGUGGCCCGCGGGCGCCUGGAAAAGCGCAAUUCCGACCUCUUGCUCUUAGUGGACUCGCACAAGAAGCAGAUCGACCUGAAGGAGGCUGACUACGGCCGUCUCAGCAGCCGGCUGCAGGCGAGGGAAGGCCUGGGGAAGAGAUGCGAGGAUGACAAGGUUAAACUUCAGAACAACAUAUCAUAUCAGAUGGCAGACAUACAUCAUUUAAAAGAACAACUUGCUGAACUUCGUCAGGAGUUCCUUCGACAAGAAGAUCAGCUUCAGGACUACAGGAAGAACAAUACUUACCUUGUAAAGAGAUUAGAAUAUGAGAGCUUUCAGUGUGGACAACAAAUCAAGGAAUUAAGAGCACAGCAUGAAGAAAAUAUUAAAAAGUUAGCUGACCAGUUUUUGCAGGAACAAAAGCAGCUGGCUCACAAAGUUCAAUCAAAAGGUGAAAUUGAAUUGGGCAUAAGCAAUUAUGCAGUACCGAACAAUGUUCAAAAACAAGCUGAGAGUGUUGCAGAUAAGAAUGAAGAACCCUCAAGCAAUCAUGCUUCACAAGGAAAAGAUCAGAUCAAACGAGGAGGUGAUGCAGGAAUGCCUGGAAUAGAAGAGAAUGACAUUGCAAAAGUUGAAGAUCUUCCCACUGCUUUAAAGAAACCCCCUAUUUCUGUUUCUCAAUUUGAAAAUAACCAAGCAAUCUCCCAUCUUCCAACUGGACAAUCUCUCUCCUCAAAUUUGGUUCCAGAUUCUCAUGUGAAUCUCAAUGGAAACCCCGGUACCUCAAAACAGAACCCUUCAAAUGUUCUUCAGCGUUUAAUUCCAGGCCCAAAGUUGGAAAAUGAACCGAGAAUUCAAGCAGAUAUACUAAAGCAUGCCACCAGGGAUAGAGUUGGUGAUUUCCAUAAGUUGAAGCAAAGCCGAUUCUUUGAUGAGAAUGAAUCCCCUGUUGAUCCGCAACAUGGCUCUAAACUGGCGGAUUAUAAUGGGGAUGAUGGUAACGUAGGUGAGUAUGAGGCAGACAAGCAGGCUGAGCUGGCUUACAAUGAGGAAGAAGAUGGUGAUGGUGGAGAGGAAGACGUCCAAGCCAACAGUGUUCAAGACUUCCUCUUGGCUCUACACUCAAGGAUCAUACUUGACAAUGCUCAGGAGGACCAUAUGGCCUUCUGGGGAAAGAACUCAGGUCAGCUAUGUGCAAAGCAAGCACCCUACCGGCUGUACUAUCACUCUGGCUCCUUGGUAGCACUUCUAUAAAGAUGAUGAAGAACGAGAACUUCAGAUAGAUCCUGCCGACUAUGGAAAACGUUUCAAUGAUGUUCUUUAAGUCUAAAAAGAAAAGUUCAGAAAACCUAAAGUGCUGUAAAAUGGAGUAAUUUCUACUUUGUUGUUUUCACUUUUGUUGUAAAGAACAGUUGCAUCAAUUGUAAAGAUACAUUGAGAUAGACUUAAGAAAAAAAUUUAAUGAUGGAGAAUACCCAUGUACAUAUGUGAACUUUUUCAUAUUGUAUUGUCAAAGAAGAGACUUUGGGUUAUGAUACAGUUGAGCCAAAAAAAAAGUAAGCAAAACUGUAAUCUUUGCAUUUAAAGCAAACUAAUGUAUAAUUUACAUUUUUUUUAAUCUUAAUUCUUUCCACAGAUGGACAAACAGGAAAAUAUGGGUGUACAGUUUAUAUAUUGCACAUAGAAUAUUCACAGUGAGAACAGUUCCUCCACUGAAAAAAAUUUUAUAUACUAAUAUAUUAUUAUUAGUCCAACAGGAAUUAUUGACAUCCCCCGCCCAUCUCAUAAUAUUCAAGAGUUAUACCUAUAAUAGUCACAGAAACAGAAGAACCAGGUUGCCAAACACUGGGCUGUACGUGUGCAGAAUUCCUUCCCUGCUUAUAUCUGACAUGAGUGCUGGUAUAUUUCGGAAAAUAAUCUUUCUGGUGAGGUCUAAUGGAGGAUGAGAUAAUCUGCAAAGAUAAAACAAUAUUUAUAAGUUAUACCUUAAGUUCCUGAAGUUGUGAAAUGCAUGAUUGACAAUAUAUUUUUGAUUUUUGAUUUUUUCACAUAAUGCCAGUCCUAUGAUGAGAACUGGCUAAAAUAUUAAUAUCUUGAGUUAAAAUUGGUGGACAUGUUUAUGAUUUAAAUGCCGAAUUUUUUUUAAAAGGCUAAAAUCAACUUUGAAAUGAAUCUACAAUCAGUAUUUCAAAGUUUCUCUGGUAGUUUUAGUGUUGAGUAGACUUUCGGAAGUACUAAAUAAGGAGUUUUAACAGAUUUUUAUUAAUGCACAGAUAAAUAGAAGUACAGUGAGUUCUACAGCCAUUUUAUUAAAAUAGCUUAAAAGUUUGUAAUAAAGAUGAAGAAUCUUUGUAAUUACUUAAUAUGUUAGUUAAGAACCCAUAAGCUUCAUAUUUGCUAGACUUACAAAAUUAUUUUAAAUGCAUUUGUCUUUUUGACACUAUUCAGUAGAAUGUGUAAGCUAGCUAAUCCUUGUGUUCUACUUUAAGACAUUUUCAAUCUUACCAUUGCCCCUCCCCCAAAAAAGUCUUAAUUGUAAGGAGAAAUUUGGAUUGUUAACUGUUUUACAGAAGAGAUGCUGUUAAUUGCAUAUAAAUACACAGUCCCUGUACUCAGGUUUAGUAAAAAUCAGAAGUUUAGAAGUGAGAACAAUUGUUCCCUCUUGGAGGCACAAAAAAUUCUCAGAAUACAGUUUGAAAAUUAUUUAGUGACCAGGAAAAGGUGAAGUAAUUUACUAAAUUGUUUUUUCUACCAUAUAAAAAAGAAAUAAGCCUUUGCUAUCAGUAGAGUAGGGCCUACCCUGAAUAGGUAUGUUAAUUCUUUUUUUUUUUUAAUUGAGUUAAAGGGAAUUAUUGUGUACCUUUCAGGUGUUAGUGUAGGAAGAUGAAUCUAAAAAGUACUCCUAGAGUAAUACUUUAUAAAAUACUGUAAAAUAUUUUCAUGAAAACCAUGAACUUUUUUGCCUUAGUUCUUUUGUCAUAAAAACAAUUAUUUGGUUUAAAGCAAAAUUUCUCCAAUUAGCAUUCUAGAAAUUUUAUAAACUGAAAAAUCUUGGACCAAUUGAUAAUAUGUCUGACUGUAUUAACAUUUUAGUGCUAUAAAACAUGUGAAUCUCUUAAAAUUCUGACAUUCUACAAUCUGUAUUAAAUAUGUUGGUUUUAUAAUGUUUUGCUUCUGCCUUAAGAUUUAGGUUUUUUUAAAUGUAUUUUUGCCCUGAAUUAAGUGUUAAUUUGAUGGAAACUGGUUUUAAAAUCAUCCCUUACUGGGUUCUAAUAAAUUAAAGAUUAAACUUG